AUGCGGCAGCUCGUCGUUAGCAGUACCAACCACAGAUUCUACGGCCGGCAGAAUCUGGAGCGGUUCAUGCAGAAGGUCGAGUGGCUCCAACUGUCAACGUCUGACAGUGAGCCGGAUCCGCGUGUCUUCCGUAUCUUGGGGAGUAAAGAGUACGAUCUGUGGGUCGAAUCGGACUUUCACGCCGCGCUGCGACUGCUGGUGGGUUUGGUCAUGUAUUUGAUGAGUGGGCGCGCACGGUGUGACAUCCUGCAAGAUAAAUUUAGUUGCUCGCCGUACGAUGAGGAUGACGAGCCCGAUUCGGAGGAUGAGGAACUGCGAAGGAAGGUCGCGCAGGAGGAAGACGACGUGGUCCUACAGGAACGAAAGCUGAGGGCCCUGAAGAGGCAGAAACGGGAGGAGGAUCAGGAGCGGUUCUGGAGACGAGAGGCAAUGCGAUCGUCGACCAAUGACCGCAUUGGAGGAUUCAAAGAUUUUCGCCAACCGUGGUGGGACUGGGUCUGGGAGGACAAGCAUGAUGAUGGAUGUGCCAAAGAUGAUGCCGACGUGAUUUUCGAAGGCCCUUAA